UCAUUGUCACACCUGUUUUGCAAGUGUGUCAUGUCUCAUUGCCUGCCCGUGGCCUACAUACAGGCCAACCCGUGGAUAGUCAAUACACUUCUUUAACUGUCAUCUAACAGUCUUCAAACAUUGAUGGUCUUAUUUGGUACCAUGGGUGGUGUAAGAAUCGGAUGUGUUAUCCUUACCUUGGUAACAUUUUCUUAUGCCUUUCUAAUAUGCACCGAGAAACAAUACGACGGGACUUAUAAGACAAAGACCUGCCCUAACUCAAAGUACUGUUGUAGCUCGAGCACCAGCUACUACACCAAAUCCUAUACGUGGACCACAGGAGCUAUUGUCGGCAUCGUCAUUGGAGUCCUCGCGUUCAUCGGUCUCAUUGUGGGAAUCAUCAUCUGCUGUGUCUGCUGUUGUAGGUCAUCACAAGUACGAAGAGGUCACGUAGUGCAAGACCAACAACAACUGACCGUAGUAUCAGGCACAACAAACACAGCAUAUACUCCUGGGUAUGGCUACCCGGUUCAAUCGACUCCAGGGACAUACCCGCCUCCUCCAAACUACGCCCCACCAGCCUAUUCUCCAGAGAUGCAGGGAACACACCCUCAAGGUGCAGCAUACCCACCCCCACAAGGUGGAGUAUACCCAUCCCCACAAAGUGCAGCAUACCCAGCCCCACAAGGUGGAGUAUAUCCGCCCCAACAAGGUGGUUUAUAAUCGAGUGUAACUGCCCCAACAAGGAGCUACCUUUUCCCUACCAAGGGCAGUUUCCACCCUCAAGCUUUCGAAGAUAACCCAAUACCCAAUUAUAUAAUUAGCACCAUAAAAGAACGUUACGAAAUUCAAAUGCUAUCACAUAUCCCACAUGCUGUUACACAAUAUCAUCACUUACGUAUCGAACGCUUCAUCUCAUGGCAGCAAUAUUUGUCGGUGACAAGAGCUUCAUAUUUUGUAACUUUCUUCCAGUGUCUGUACAUUUAUAACCCGUAAUGUAUAAUGCUUAUUCUUCCGACCAACAAAGGUAACUGAUGUGUUUCUUUUCACAAAAAGGGAGAAAGGCAUAUUAAAGAUGUGUACCAGUGCUUGGUGUAUAUUUAAUAUGUUUUUUUAAGUUUGUUUGUCCAUAUAAUACAUAUCAUAUCGACUACUUUUCUACACUGUAAUUAGACAAAUCCAUUUCAACCUUCAACAAUAAAAGUAUUUUUCUACAA